GUUCGCUAAUCAAAACCCCGUGACAAGUUUUCAAUCCACCAAAGAGCACAUUUCACCGACCAUUUAAGGGUGGGGAGAGUAUGCCAAAGAAUGCUCACCCGCCGCGAGGUGGCUCAAAGAAAUCAGCUCCUUCAGCAGCACAGCCAACGAGUGAUGAUGGACCGAAGAUAAUAUUCACCAACGCUAAGGACAACCCCAGGAAAGGCAAGAAGAACAAUGAAACCUCAACAAACUCCGCAGAGUCUUCAAAAGCAAAGGGCAAGGCGAAAGGUGUCCCUGAAACGCCUACCGAAGAUGGACCUAAGCGACCAGAUACAAGGACGUUGAUCGGAGGUGCAAGCUGGACUGGCAAGUUGCCUGUGAACAUGCUCUCAGAGCAUUGUCAGAAACAAAAAUGGGAUAAACCAGAGUACACAAUGAUGAAAACUGAUCAUGGGUUCGUGUCCGGCGUCAUUCUCAAGGCUACGCAUCCAAAGACGCGUGAGACAACCACCUUACCGCAGAUACGGUUUCCAAAAGAGCACCAGGCAGUCGCUGGGCAGGAGACCGCAGUGGAGGCUCGUCACUUCGCAGCUGCAUACGCUCUCUUCCGGUUUUCGAGCAUGAAGAAUUUGCACAUGAUGAUGCCGCCGAAGUACAAGGAUUUAUGGAAAGGGCUGUUCACCGAUCUGAAGAAGGAAGACGAGGCCCAGGGUAGAGGAUGGAUGUACGCGCCAGACCCCUUUGCCAUGGCGAAGGAACGAGAAGAUGAAGCAGCCGCUAAAGCGAAACGGCGCGAGGAAAUGGAGAGGUCAAAAGCGAAGGAGCAGGCCUCUGGGAAGGGUCCGGGUAACGUUGUCAUAGGAGGUAGUGAGGGAAGUCAAGUGAGGCCAUGGACGAGAGCACCGAAGAUAGAUAUGGGACGGAAAACAAGAUUGCAUGUCGAGCAGCUCAUUCGAAAACACGCAGUCUGGGGCUCCAGCGCCGGAGGCCUCAGUAGUAAACAGCGAAGUGCCCUCGUUGUAGACGUUUCCAAGCUCGGCUUCCGAGCAGCGCACGUGGAAGAGGCGAUGGAGGUUUGCGGCAGUCGCGAGGAGCUUCUCGAGUGGCUACUCAUCCACGUGCCUGAAGACGACCUACCAAAAUGGAGCUUACCUGAGAAUUAUACGGCCGGCGUAAGUCUGGCAAGCAGCGAUCUGAAAAGAGAGGCUAUCAUAAAGCGGCUGGCUUCUUCGGGAUAUGCCACGGAUCUAUGCGAGAUGGCUCUUGACGCCGGUAAAGGCGACGAGUCGAGAGCUAGCACAUAUCUGCAGAAGCUGUUGCUUGAAGAAGUGGGUGACAUUCAGAGCUUAGCGGAGGAAAUGGCUCGUGCAAGCCUUGGUGAUGAGGAUAGUACAGUAUGGGAAGAUGAACAGGCCGUCCUGGCAUCGAUCUACGACGACAAAUAUAACUCACCAAACCCGGAAUCAUGCAGCAUUCGCAUCGAACCCGAGGGCUGUAACAGGGUUGUAAUUACGCUUGGUCUAAGAAAGCCUAUAGGGCCAUACCCCGAGAAUCUUCCGCUGCUGUCAAUCAAUGCGGAAUUGCCAGCAUAUAUCAGACUGUCCAUUCUAAAACAGGCACUGCGUUUCGCAAAGGAUAAUCUGCUUGGCGAUCAGAUGAUAUUCAGCAUCGUAGAUUGGAUCGAGCACAACUCAGCGGCCAUCAUCGAGCAGCCAGGACGUCUCGCCGACGUCUCGUCUGCAACGGCAGCUGGCGAAAGCAAGACAGCCGCAGCUUCGUUUUCAAAGUUCAGACCGCAAAAGCGUCGACCACGGCCAUUGGAUGAAAAAGCUACGCGAGCGCUAAGUACGCAAAUGAUGGAGUCCUGGAAGCAGAAGCAGACCACCGCAGAGCAGGAGAGGAUGCUCGUGAUCCGCCGUUCGCUGCCUGCGUGGAAGCUACAAGACGCGAUCGUCGAAGCGGUCAACGGGCAUCAAGUCACCAUCAUCUCUGGCGAGACAGGCUCUGGAAAGUCCACCCAGUCCGUCCAGUUCAUCCUAGAUGACAUGAUACGCAGGGAGCGAGGUGGUGUUACAAAUAUCAUUUGCACACAGCCAAGGAGGAUCUCGGCGCUCGGGCUCGCUGAUCGCGUAGCUGAGGAACGGUGCUCCAAGGUUGGAGAGGAAGUCGGGUAUAUUAUCAGGGGUGAGUCCAAGUACAAAGAAGGUCAAACCAAGAUCACGUUUGUCACGACGGGCGUGUUGCUUCGCAGACUGCAGAGCUCAGGUGGCAGCACCAAAGACGUCGUCGCUUCGCUCUCCGACGUGAGCCAUGUUGUCAUUGACGAAGUGCACGAGCGCAGCCUCGACACGGAUUUUCUGCUUGUGCUUCUGCGCGACGUUCUACGGCAGAGGCGCGACCUCAAGGUCAUACUCAUGAGUGCAACGUUGGAUGCAGACAUUUUCGCGCAGUACUUCAGCGGCACAGGGGGAGUUGCUCGCGUCGAGAUAGAGGGCCGGACACAUCCAGUGCAGGACUUGUACCUGGACGAUGUGGUUCGUAUCACAGGCUUCAAUGGCCACAGUGAAGAAGACGACUUCGAGGAGCCGGAGGUGCAAAAGCAACUCGCAGGCACGUUGCGUGGAAUAGGCAUGAGAAUCAACUACGAUCUUAUCGCUCAGACUGUGCAGUACAUUGAUCAUGAGCUCGGAAAUCAGGACGGAGGGAUCCUUAUUUUCCUGCCUGGUACUAUGGAGAUUGAUCGAACCAUUCAGGCGCUGCGAAACGUACCAAACAUUCACGCGUUGCCGCUCCACGCAUCUCUACUGCCAGCAGAGCAGCGGCGAGUCUUUCCUCCCGCACCUAAGGGCAUGCGCAAAGUCAUUGCAAGCACCAACGUCGCUGAGACGUCAAUUACCAUCGAGGAUGUUGUUGCCGUCAUCGACACCGGACGCGUUAAAGAGACCACCUUUGACCCACAGUCGAACAUGGUCAAGCUCCAAGAGGUAUGGGCGUCCAAAGCAGCGUGCAAGCAGCGUCGUGGUCGAGCAGGUCGCGUUCGUGCAGGCAAAUGCUACAAGCUAUUUACGCGAGCCGCCGAAGCGAAGAUGCCGGAGCGUCCAGAGCCGGAGAUUCGAAGAGUCCCGCUGGAGCAGCUGUGCCUGUCCGUAAAAGCCAUGGGCAUACGAGAUGUGCCGGCCUUUUUGGCAGGUGCUUUAACACCGCCAGACCGUAUGGCCGUUGGCGGUGCUAUCACCCUGCUUGGCCGCAUGGGUGCCUUGGAUGGCGAUGAGCUUACAGCCCUUGGUCGCCACCUUUCAAUGAUACCAGCGGACUUGAGGUGCGGCAAGCUGUUGGUGUAUGGCUCCAUCUUCGGUUGUCUUGACGCAUGCUUGACUAUGGCGUCAAUUUUGACAGUGCGUAGUCCUUUCGUGUCGCCACAGGCUAAGCGCGAGGAAGCGAAGGCUGCUCGCGCUGUCUUUGCCGCAGGAGGCCACGGCGACCUGGUGGCAGAUUUGAGAGCUUACGACCAGUACACCGCGAAUCGCAAGAUACUACCGACGCGAGAUCUUCGGCGAUGGUGUGAGGACAACUUCCUGUCCAUGGCUACACUCAACGACAUCACGUCAAACAGAUCACAGUACAUCUCUUCCCUCAAAGAGAUUGGGUUCCUACCCUUCGGCGCAGACAACGCUACACUGGCAGCCAUGAAUUCGAACAGCUCAUCCGACGCCCUUUUGCGUGCCCUCAUAGCUGGUUCGUUCAAUCCGCAAAUCGCUCGCGUGGAAUACCCGGAGACCAAGUUUGCGGCAACUUCCACAGGAGCAAUGGCACUGGACCCGGAGGCCAAAACGAUCAAAUAUUUCACAGAAGAUGCAUCCGCUUCUGGCGAUGGUCAACAGCAGCCUCGAAACGACCGUGUCUUUAUACAUCCAUCCUCAACCCUUUUCGACGCGUCUUCUUUCCCUUCUAAUACGACGUUUAUGACGUUCUUCGAGAAGAUCUCCACCUCCAAGAUCUUCCUGCGCAAUGUGACCCCUGUGAAUGCCUAUGCAGUCAUGAUGUUUGGUGGGGGUGUGGAGGUCGAUACCUACGGGAGGGGCGUUGUGGUAGACGGCUGGAUCAGGUUGAAGGGAUGGGCGAGGAUCGGAGUUCUUGUUGGACGCCUUAGAAAGAUGCUGGAUCGAGUGCUAGAAGAAAGAAUCGAAAGACCAGGUCUCGCAGUCGGCGGAAAUGGAGAGGACGUAGACCAGGAGAUUGUGAGAGUUGUACGAAAGUUAAUUGAGCUGGAUGGUUUGGAUAGAUGAAAAGUCAAAGUCAAGAGACUUAGAUCUAGCGAAGUAAAAGAUUGAGUACGCGUGGAGCACUAUCCAGACACCGCAAGAACACACACCAGAGGUUCUUGAUUUGAUUCAUGUGCAAAACAUACGGAACCUGCAUUGUGCC